AUGGAUGAAGAAGAGCUACAGAAGAAGGAAAUGGCUGAUAGCGAUGAAUACGAAGAUAGCGCUAGUGAAACAUAUAACGGCAAAUCGAUGCAGGAUACGCGAAAAUAUUUCGAUGAUAGUAGCGAUGAUGAUGAUGAAAAGCAAGAGGAAAAAUCGGGUGCGGUGAAGAGCGAAAGCAGAAAAUCCACGGAUAAUGCCACGCAAAAUGCUGGCCAUUUAAUGGACGAAAUCUUUGGAUCGAGCGAUGAAGAAGAGUUCGAGGGCUUUCAAGAUGGUGAUGAUAAUUUCUUAGCGUCAUCUGGUCAAACUGCACAAGCAUUUGAAGAAGAUAAAAAUGAUGAGAAAAUUGCCGAGGACGCUUAUGAAAGGGAUCGUGAAGAUGAUAAAGCUGACGAUGACGAUGAUAUUGCUUACCGUGAGGAUGAAUUUCAGGAAGGAGAUGAUGAAGGAGACCAAAUUCAAGAUGUAGAAGAUGAAGAAGCAAGAUCUUUUUCCAAGUAA